AAGCUGACAAUGACUUCUGAAGUUAGAAUGUCCCGAACGGUCGUCGGUAUACACGUAUUACUGGCGUUUCUACUGCCGACUGUCUUGUGUCUAGGCGAACAUAAACUUCACAGAAACACGACCAAUGCAUUUCAGGUUUUCGACAUCUUUGCGGACGGCGUGGGUGUGUAUACAUCCAGCAACGACCCUAGCCUGCAGUGUCUCACCGCCGACCGGAUAGAAUAUGAGCCGAACAAGAAGUCCGUUUACACCUGGCACCUGCAUGGCGGCCAACGGUCAGACAAAGACACUUACGUGACCGAAUAUUACCCAGGACCUACACAGGACACUGUAGUAGCCUUUUUCAACAACGACAAGAAACACCCGAAAUUAGUCACGUUCGACUACACCAAUAACAAGAACUGUGUUGUCGCCAAUUUCCCAUACAAGGGUGACGUUUCAGUGUGCAUACUGUGGGUGCCGAAAAAAGAUGUAUCGUCAUACCCGCAAGAAUGCGUUGAUCAAUUUGAAGACAUUUGCGACGCCGAAGUUCCCGACUACCAAGAGGGCUUGUGCGACGACGCUGUCAGCGCGUAAUACGAUGGACACGCACUCCUUUGACACUCAAAGGCUGGACGGCACUCGUUUCCUUUGUCGUCAAACGAAGGUUUAUUAAAAUGCUCGCCGAUUGUCUAUGCAUAAGACCUGUGGAUCACUUGUUCAUGGUAACCACAUGACGUUAAAAAUA